UCGCUUUUGGCUCGCUGUUGUAGUUUCUGGUAGUAUCCAUCUCGUGGCGUCUUCAAGUCUACGUCUGAGCAAUAAGCAGUGAAGAGUAUAUCGUAUUUCCGAACAUAAGAAAGCAAAGUAUCUGAAACAUUCAUAGUGAAUGAUAUCACAACGUGAAGACAUAAAUAUAUACCCAGCAACACUUUCAUAACAGCACUACCAUACUAUCACAUCAACGCCAAGGCUUUCAUUGUCGUCAGGACUAACUUAAAGAUCAUAAAGUCACAUCUAUUACAAUUCUAUUAUAACCUUACUAUCCACUAUACCCGUAAAUCACUAUCGAAGUCCACGUCAACAUGUACUGCCUCCGCUUAUUCCUUUUCUUUGCGGUUAGUUCGCUUGUCUCAGCACUUCCUCCAAAAUUCGCUGGGUCGGACGUCCAAAAGCAGUAUUUGGUUCUUGAUCUUCCCGGACUCCAUACCAACGUCCAGGAAGAAGAUAUACCCCUCAUGUUCUCGGGCCAGUUGCAGUUGUAUCCAGAGAACAACACCAACUACUUCUUCUGGUCGUAUAAAGAUCAACAUCCUUUGCCGGAAAACACGAAUAGAACAAUGUUUUGGCUUAAUGGAGGUCCUGGGUGUUCCUCUCUAGAUGGAGCUCUCUUGGAAGCUGGCCCUUUCAGAGUCAACGAGGACCGCAAAAUAGUCUACAAUAAGGGUUCGUGGCACAAGGCCGCCAACAUGGUAUUUGUGGACCAGCCGGGUGGAACCGGUUUUAGUUACACCGAUGUCUACGACUCCGAGCUCUAUCAGGUGACGCAGGACUUUUUGGUAUUCAUGAGUAAAUACUAUGAGAUCUUCCCGGAGGAAAGGGACAAUGAGAUCUACUUUGCUGGAGAAAGCUAUGCUGGACAGUACAUCCCGUAUAUUGCCGAUGGAAUCUUGAGACAUAACAGGAAUCUCACAGAAGGCGAAAAGCCGUAUAACUUGAAAGGCUUGUUGAUUGGCAAUGGCUGGAUCUCACCCAACGAACAGAGCUUGUCGUAUUUGCCCUACGCGGUCCAGGCAGGAAUCGUCAGCACCGAAAAUGAAAGAUGGGGUCAAAUACUUAGCGAUCACGAGCAAUGCCAGAAGAUAGUGAACAGGAUCGAUGCAAACUUCGAUGGAGAGCUCCAUGAUUAUGAGGUUUCUUCAUCAACUUGUGAGAGAGUGUUGCAGACUUUAUUGACCAUUACGAGAGACAAAAGUUUACCCAAAGACGAGCAGUGCUUUAAUAUGUAUGACUACACUAAGAAGGACAGCUUUCCAUCUUGUGGAAUGAACUGGCCCCAUGAGUUAGUAUUUGUAAUGCCCUUCUUGCGUGAAGACGAAGUCAAAGGCGACUUGAAUAUCAAGAACAACCAGGUGUGGCGUGAAUGUUCAGGAGCUGUAGGCUCUCAUCUUCAUGCUCGCAAUUCAAUACCCUCUGUGCAUCUUCUUCCGUCCAUUUUGGAAACCGUUCCUAUAGUCUUAUUCAACGGCAAUCUAGACAUCAUCUGCAAUUAUAUGGGCACUGAAAGUUUUAUCAAGAAAAUGACCUGGGGUGGCAGCAAAGGCUUUUCUUCUCAAGAUACAACUGACUGGAUCUACGACAGCAAGACAGCAGGCUAUAUCAAGUCCGAGAGAAACUUAACAUUUGUCAAUGUCUUUGGAGCUUCCCAUAUGGUACCCUAUGACGUUCCGGAAAUCUCACGUGCAUUGAUCGACCUUAUCACUGGAAACUAUGAUGUUCAGGAGACUCAAACAAAGAGCGAUAAAACUAAAAAGUCAUAUGUAACAUAUCCUAUAGGUGCCAAGGCAGAAGCUGAUGCAAAGGCCAAGGCAGAAGCUGAUGCAAAGGCCAAGGCAGAUGCUGCUAAGCAAGGAGGGCAAGCCAGUCCUACUGAAGAAGAGAAAGUCGACGGUGACAAAUCGAACUCAGAUGCUUCAACGUCAGAAUCAGCCAUACCAGAAGAUUACGAUAAGUCUGCCACGGUAAGCAAGAUAACGAGAGUGAUCCAGUUGUUAGUGAUAAUAGUAUUGAUCUGGGGAAUGUAUGUUCUCUACACCUCGUGCAAAUCUAGACCAUCUUCUAUCAUCAAAACUGGACCUUCUACUGGCAAAAAGAAGAAUGUUCAAUGGGCGGACCAGUUGAGAAGAUUUCAAGAAGACGACGAAGAAGCUCAGAGACAAAACCAAGGCUUCUUCUCCAAGACGUUUGGAAAAUUUACAACAGGCGACAACCGUGGAAACUACACACCAGCUCCGGAUAAGUACUACGAAGAUAUAGAGUUGGGCGAUGGCAUCACUGAGCACGAUGAACAGAGCGGAGCUUCUUUGGGAAGUGCUAGUGUGGACAAUUUUGUCAUUGAUAGUGAGGAAGAAGACGAACUUGAGGAGCAAGAACAGGUACACACU